AUGCCACAAUAUACCCCCGAACAACCAAGGGAGUGUAGCUACACUGCUUCCCCCACGAAUGUCCCAUUCCCAUUGACGACAUCUGCGCCCACAAUUGCAGCCAGACGUCUAGGCACACCUCCGACAGAGAUAAUCAAACCAGAAAGCCUGCAAUACGAUCACAAGAUCUAUAUACAAAAUCUAACACCACCUGUGGAUAUUGUAUCUCCAACUGUUGUAGCUGCAAGAGACUACUAUUUGAAUCUCAACUACCAGCUAGAUACACCACCGUAUUCUGGCACGGAGGCAGACGCACUGCAGAUGAGAAUCCAUCCAGCAGUAAGAAAUAUCGCACAAGCAUCGACCAUUCCCCGCAGACAUUCUGCCGCGCUAGAGCCAUAUCCAAGGCCUAGGAUGGUGGAUAUCAAAGCUGAUGAUAUCCAGUUACCCCGACGGGGAAGUGCAUCUCCCCCGCGGAAUUUCAGUGAAAAUGAGUACCAGGACGUAAAGAAUGACGUGGAUCGAGAGUGGUGGAAACAGAAGGUAAAGGACGAGGAUUUUGAUGACUCUGGCGUGUCGUUCGGCUCAAAGGCUCAGAAGGCGGCAUGCACGCAAAAUAUCGUUCAAGAUGCAGCUGUACCAGAACAGCAAAUACACAAUCCGCUUGAUCCCAGAUUGCUUGGCAAUAUUCCCUUCUCAUAUACGGCAAACAAACUCCGCGAAUGGGGUGAUGUAUAUCUCUUCAAUUCGUCAACCGCAGAUGCGUUUGUCCGGGCUAUUGCUAUCCCACCCGCUCAGUCGUCCAGAGCCCGUCACGCUCAUGUCUCUCCAAAUGAUCUUCAUCGGGCUCUAUCAGACUUUUCAAUAUCCACAAAGAGCAUCAAGCAAGAGGACGAUGAGGAGCAAGAGGAAGACGAACCGAACACAGCAAAGCAGCUUGUCAAAGUGAGGAUUAUCCCACAGUCAAGGUCGAGCAGGCCGUUUUACAUGCAGAAAUACUUCCCAAUAAGAAAAUCAAGUUCGUGUAGAAUCAGAAAACAUGUUGCCUCGCCACGGCAUCACAUCAGACAUCAGGAAGAGCAUUAUCAGGGGACCAAGGUUGAAAUUUUGCAGAACGUAGUUAAGCUGAAAACUCAGAGGAGGCCGGCUGUGCCGAUACAUAUCGAAUAUUCGCUGCACCGUGCACCGCUUCUGGCGGCGAUACUGCUAAGUGAGCAUGUAAAGAGGGGUGCCACUGUAGAGAUUCCAUUACUAUUCCCAGAGGUCUGGGAAGAUGUUGUAGAGUGGAUGUACACUGGCAGUGCAGGCUCAAAUGUCAGUGCAAAGGUUAGAGAGACGAUCGAAUAUCUUGGAGGGACGGUUUGA